AUGGUAACUUAUGAUGAUUUAGGAUUUUUAAAGGAAAUCCAAGUCGAAGAUGACAAAGACAAACCUGAACUAUGCGAUAAAUACCAAAAAGACAAUCAAGAACGAAAAAAAUGUCGUUUACUUUCUGAGGAACUAAGUAAUAAAUUACACCAAAUAUAUUCAGACGGAAAAAGUGGUUAUAUUCCUCCUAUAAGUUAUGGUCUUUGGUUAAAACUGGACAAAAAAGAUAUCCGAGAAAAAUCAGAAGUGAAAGGUGAAACUUUAUGUUUUAAUUUUGUCCCUGCCCGUCGCUACACAGAAACAUUAUCUCCCGAACUUAAUACACUUCACGAAAUAAGAUCUAGGUUUUAUGAUGCUAAAGCCCAAGAAUCCUACUCCGCCCGCACCUCUGCCCUCUCCCAAAUCAACAAUUCUCUCACACAAGGCAACAUUGACCUAACUGAAUUAGGAAUAGAAUAUUUUUGUCUUCGUGAAGAGUGCCUUUGUAAUGGUGAACUUUCUCCCACCGAGGAAGCCAAAUAUCACAUAACCCACCUUAACAAAUACCAUUUAAAAUCUUUAACCAAUCGAGAAGCCAUCACCAACUACCAAACCACUCAAAUCGAAAAAGACAUCAAAAAUCUAGUCUCUGCCAAAUCCAAAUCCGCCCAAGAAC